GAAAUAAAUAAUUAUAUUGAAUUAUUAUCUAAGAUGAAUCGUAAAGUAUUAAUGAUAGUUGGAGAUUAUGGAGAAGACUUAGAAAUAUAUUUCCCUUUCUAAGCUUUAAAUCUAUUAGGUUUUUAGGUUGAUGCAGUUUGUCCUGAGAGAAAGAAAUAAGAUAAGGUGAAGACUGCAGUUCAUGAUUUUAGAGAUGGAGAUUAAACAUAUAUGGAAUCAAGAGGGCAUGACUUUAUGUUAAAUGCAGAAUUUCCUGUGGAUCCAAAUUAAUAUGUCGGAUUGGUAUUACCAGGAGGAAGAGCUCCUGAAUAUUUGAGAUUACAUGAGGAAGUAUUAGCAAUAGUGGAACAUUUUCUUAAAGAAAAGAAACCUAUAGUAGCUGUUUGUCAUGGAAUUUAAUUGCUUACAGCAGUUGGGGGAAUAGAAGGCAAAAAAUUAACUUGUUAUCCAGCUUGUAAAUUUGAAGUCACAAAAUAAGGAGGUAUUUAUGAGAAGGUUGGAUAUGAUGAAGUAGUUGUUGAUGGUAAUAUUGUAACAUCUCCAGCAUGGCCAGGACAUGCUAAUGCUUUUAGAGAAUUUGUAAAACUCUUAGGAGUAACUAUAACACAUAAAUGAGGAUUUAAAUUCAUUUAAUCAUAAAUAAAUU